AUGAUUCACAAAACCAUGUCUUCUUCACUGUUCUUCCUCUUCUUCACAAUAUUCACUUUCUGGGUAUUCUUCACUUCAUCCCAAGCUGAAGAAGACGACGUAAGAUGUCUCCGAGGUAUCAAAGAUUCCCUAGGAAAUUCCGAAAGCGGUAUUUCAUCAUGGAGUUUCAACAACAACACCGUAGGUUUCAUCUGUGAUUUUGCUGGUGUCGCUUGCUGGAACGUAAGAGAGAAUCGAGUUUUGGGCUUGGAGCUUAAGGGUAUGAAACUCACCGGUAAGAUCCCAGAAUCUUUGAAGUAUUGUGGACAAAACUUGCAAAAAUUGGAUCUUGGUUCAAAUUCAUUGAGUUCAGUGAUUCCAACGCAGAUCUGUAAUUGGAUGCCGUAUUUGGUAACAAUGGAUUUAUCUGGUAAUGAUCUUUCAGGUUCAAUUCCGAAUACUCUUGUGAAUUGUUCAUACUUGAAUGAGUUGAUGUUAUCUGAUAAUCGUCUUAGUGGUAGAAUACCUUAUGAAAUUGGUAGUUUAACUAGGCUUCAUAAGUUUUCUGUUGCUAAUAAUCAACUUAGUGGGAGUAUUCCAUCGUUUUUCAAUGGUUUUGAUAAGGAAGAUUUUGAUGGGAAUAGUGGUUUAUGUGGUGGGCCACUUGGUUCAAAGUGUGGUAGUAUGAGUAAGAAGAAUCUUGCUAUUAUUAUUGCGGCCGGUGUUUUCGGUGCGGCGGGUUCUUUGUUGUUGGCUUUUGGGUUAUGGUGGUGGUAUCAUAUUAGGUUGAGGAGGGAGAGGAGUAAGGAAGGGUAUGUGGUUGGCGGGGUUGACGAUUGGGCGUUGAGGUUGAGAGGUCAUAAGCUUGCGCAAGUUAAUCUUUUUCAGAAGCCGAUUGUGAAGGUUAAGCUUGGUGAUUUGAUGGCUGCGACGAAUAAUUUUAGUUCGGAGAAUGUUUUGAUUACGACGAGGACCGGUGCGACGUAUAGGGCAGAUUUACCGGACGGUUCGACGCUUGCGGUGAAGCGGUUGAGCACUUGUAAGAUUGGUGAGAAUCAGUUUAAGAAGGAGAUGAAUCGAUUGGGGCAGCUUAGGCAUCCGAAUUUGGCGCCUUUGUUAGGGUAUUGUGUUGUGGAAGAGGAGAAGCUUUUGGUUUAUAAGCAUAUGUCGAACGGGACGCUUUAUUCGUUGUUGCAUAAGAAUAGCGGCACGUUGGAUUGGUUGAUGAGGUUUAGGAUAGGGUUGGGUGCGGCGAGGGGACUCGCGUGGUUGCAUCAUGGUUGUCAUCCUCCGAUUAUACAGCAGAAUAUUUGUUCAAAUGUGAUUCUUGUUGACGAAGAAUUCGACGCUCGGAUAAUGGACUUUGGACUCGCGAGGCUUAUGACGUCUGACUCCAAUGGUAGUUUUGUGAACGGAGAUUUGGGGGAGCUCGGUUAUAUCGCUCCUGAGUAUUCGAGUACGAUGGUUGCUUCGUUGAAAGGAGACGUGUAUGGAUUCGGAGUUUUGCUUUUGGAGUUGGUCUCAGGGUGCAAGCCUCUCGAGGUGAACCGCGGCGAUGAAGAAUUUAAGGGUAACUUAGUGGAUUGGGUGAAUGUGCAUUCUAGUUCAGGCAAACUCAAGGAUUGCAUCGAUAAAGCAAUAUGUGGUAAAGGUAACGACGAGGAGAUUCUGCAGUUUCUGAAAAUCGCGUCCAAUUGCAUCGUUGCUCGCCCGAAAGAUAGGUGGUCUAUGUAUCAAGUUUAUCAUUCAUUGAAAACCAUUUCCAAAGACAAUAGUUUCUCCGAACAAGACGACGAGUUUCCAUUGAUCUUCGGUAAGCCAGAGAAUGAACCAACUUAA